UUCCUCCAGUUACAAACGUUUCCCUUAACCAAUAUGGAGGCGGGGGGAGGGAGGCACUGAGAACACAGGAAGCGGGGGGGCAGCGGGCAAGUUAGGUGCCGCCGGCUCUGAGCUGAGAGACAGAGCAGGGGAAGCUCGGAAGUGAUGCUUCUUCCCAUCCACAGGUUAUUAAAGUUUGAAAAAACACUCACUGCGUUGCGCUAUGGACAGCACAAAGAAAAUUGUUAACACGUCUGAUGAUGAUGGAUUUCUGCUUAGAAUGGGCCUCAAUGAUAACAAGGCUGGAAUGCAAGGACUGGAUAAAGAGAAAAUCAAUAAAAUCAUAAUGGAGGCCACCAAGGGUUCUAGAUUUUAUGAAAAUGAGCUUAAGAAAGAUCAACAAGUUAACCAACGAAUUGAAAAAAUGAUGCAGCUAAAAGAUAAAAUUACCAGCCAACAGCUUCUGAAAGCACAACUACAGGCUGACAAACUUGCGCUGGAGCUAGAGCAGAGCCGUGAUCUCAGCUGUACUAUUGUACACAUUGACAUGGAUGCCUUUUAUGCAGCAGUAGAAAUGAGAGACAAUCCAGAGCUGAAGGAAAAACCCAUAGCAGUGGGAUCGAUGAGUAUGCUGUCCACUUCAAAUUAUCAUGCUAGGAGAUUUGGGGUACGUGCAGCCAUGCCUGGAUUUAUUGCUAAGAAACUAUGCCCACAUCUUACUAUAGUGCCAUUAAACUUCAAAAAGUAUGAAGAAGUGAGUAAAGAGGUUAGAGAAAUACUGGCUGAAUAUGAUCCUAGUUUUAUGCCCAUUGGCCUAGAUGAAGCCUACUUGAACAUAACAGAGUACUUAGAGGAAAGACAGAACUGGCCUGAAGAUAAAAGAAGUUACUUCAUCAAAAGAGAAAACACUGCAAAAAAUGGUAAACAAGAUGUAACUGCAUCUGAUGAACUAAAGUUGAAUGAAGAUGCACACUCAUCCUCACCAAUAUUGUUUGAAGAUAAUACUUCUCUAACAGAGGAACAGCCUGUUGCUACUUCCCACCUGUACACCGAAGAAGAGAGAGAUCAAGAACUGUUGCUAAAUUCAGUGGUCUUUGGAACUUCAGCUGAAGAAGUUGUGAAGGAAAUUCGCUUUCGGAUUGAGCAAAAAACUGGAUUGACUGCCAGUGCAGGAAUUGCUCCAAAUAUGAUGUUAGCAAAAAUGUGCAGUGAUCAGAAUAAGCCUAAUGGACAGUACAGAAUCUCCCCUGAUAGGCAAUCUGUAAUGGACUUCAUCAAAGAUUUGCCCAUUAGAAAGGUGCCUGGUAUAGGAAAAGUAACAGAGAAAAUGUUAAAAGCUCUUGGAAUUCUGACUUGCACUGAACUUUACCAGCAGAGGGCACUGCUUUCUCUUCUUUUUUCAGAAACAUCUUGGCAUAAUUUCUUAGAUGUCUCACUUGGUUUGGGUUCAACGGAUUUGGAAAAGUACGGAGAAAGAAAAAGUAUGAGCACUGAAAGGACAUUCAGUGAAAUUAACACAGCAGAAGAACAAUACAGCUUAUGUCAAGAACUUUGCAGAGAUCUUGCUCAGGAUCUGCAGAAAGAAGGACUUAAGGGUAAAACCGUUACCCUGAAACUGAAGAAUGUGAAUUUUGAAGUAAAAACAAGAGCUUCCACAGUGCUCGCUGCUGUUUCUACUGAAGAAGAAAUAUUUGCUGUUGCUAAAGAUAUGCUAAGGACAGAAAUUGAUGGUGUUUCCCCUCACCCUUUGCGGCUAAGGCUUAUGGGUAUACGAGUAUCAGGGUUUCUAAAUGAAGAAGAAAAGAAAUACCAACAGAGGACCAUUAUCAAUUUCUUAAAGCCAGGAAAACAAGCAAAUGCUUCUCUGCUUCAGCCAGGGAAAUUCAGCCAUGAACAUUUUACAAAAGCGUCAGAAACAUCUCACCGAGAGAGUUUUUUUGAUAAAAAGCGAGCUGCAAGGCAACAAAGCAACCAGGAACUUCUUAUAAACAAACCUGCAAACAAGCAGAACUCGCAUGAUAUAAAGUCAUCAGUAAAUCCUGUGGACGAAACAAAUGACACCAUCGGCUCAGCAAAUUUGAAUGAGUGUCAUAGCCUCACUUGCCCUGUUUGCUUUGAGGAGCAAAGAGACAGCGAUUUAGAGGCACUUAACAGACAUAUUGACAAGUGCCUCAAUGGGACAUUGGUAAAGGAUAAUGCAGAAAUAUCAACGAGUGAGAAUUCAUGGGAGAAUGCACAUCAUUUUUCUCCAGAUAGUAAAAAGAAAACAUUUGAAAUGUGUCAAAAAAAUAAAAUGAACAAAUCAGUGGAUACAGCACAGUCAACACAAGUAUCUGAUAACUCUACUAGCAGUAGCACAGAAGCAUUCCCUAAAGUAGUAGCUAAUACUAGCAAGGAAAGAGAGCAUAGUCUGCUUAGUGAAACUGCUAGCAACAUGUACUUAGGACAGAAUUUUUCUUCCAAAAUCAUUUCAUUGGGAAAUGCAGAACACUUUGAAAAGUCUGAAUGUACACAAGAAACUCAGCCUUCCUACUCCUCUGGAGCCACCAGAGACAAUGUUCUGGUUUGUCCAGUUUGUAACUUGGAACAAAAAACAACUGACCUUUCAUUAUUCAACAGGCAUGUGGAUGUUUGCUUAAAUAAAGGCAUUAUCCAGGAGCUGACAGAGCAAAUAGUUUGUCCAGUUAAGAGUCAAAUUAUGGAAAAUUCAAAAUCAGUUGUGUUACCACAUGAGAGAGAAUUUCAGCAUGCUGCUAAAAUGAACAAUUUGGAAACCAUGGAGAAGUUACUUAGGAAGAAUGUUAACAUUAAUGCUGUAAAUACACUGCAGCGCACAGCUCUCCAUUUUGCUGUUGCAGGAAAUCAUAUAUCUACUGUGGAUUUUCUUCUCCAUCACAAAGCGAGAGUGGAUGUUGCAGAUAAGCACGGGUUGAUGGCGAUUCAUCUUGCAGCUUGGUCUGGAAACCUAGACAUAAUGCGAAUGUUAGUUAAAGCAGGUGCUGACCAAAAGGCUACGGACCAGAAGAGAAUGAAUGUCCUGCACUUUGCAGCUCUGAACAAUAACGUUGACAUAGUGGAUUAUCUUCUCCAGGAACUUCAGCUGAAGGACCUAAACAAGCCAGAUGAGAAAGGUAAAAGGGCAUUUCUUCUGGCAGCUGAAAAAGGCCAUGUUGAAAUGAUCAACAGUCUGAUUUCUCUCAAGCUGUUCACCUCUGAAAAAGACAAGGAGGGAAACACAGCAGUGCAUCUAGCUGCUAAAAAUGGUCACUGUGAGGUGCUGGAAGUUCUGUUAAAUCAAUGGGAAGAAAUAAAUGAACUCAAUCAGAAUGGAGAAACACCAUUUUAUUUGGCUGUUGAAGGAGGUCAUGAAAAAUGUGCGGAGCUAUUACUGGAAGCAGGAAGUGACAUCAACAUUUCAAAUAAACACAAUAGUAAUGCUUUGCACAUUUCAACACAGAAUGGGCAUACAUCCUUGGUCACGUUUCUUAUCAGUAAAAAUUUCGAUCUGGUUCCUAAACCUGAGCAGAAUUCCCCUCUCCAUUUGGCUGUCCUCAAUAAUCACCUUCCUAUAGUAAUUAGCCUCUUGGAUGCUAAUCAUGAUAUAAACGCCUUGAAUCAGAAGCAACAAACCUCUCUCCACCUGGCAGCUGAUCUUGGCAAUGUGGAACUAGUGGAACUGCUGCUAAAGGCAGGCUGUGAUCUCAAGAUUGCCGACAAGCAAGGAAAAACUGCGCUGGCUGUCGCAUCCAGGAGCAACCAUGCCCUCAUUGUUGAUAUGAUUAUUAAAGCAGAAAGGCAUUACACCUUGAAACAGGAACAUCUAGAAAACCAUGUUGAUGCACCAGAUUUUAUUCUAUCCUUCAAACAGGAUCACAGUGCACAGACUAAGCAAAUCCGUUCCUGCCUCUGGAAUUUGGCUUACAAUCAGUUAAAACCCCAAGAAUGGAAAAAGCUGGCCCUGUUCUGGAAGUUUACAGAGGAGCAAAUUAAAGCGAUUGAAGAACAGUGGACAGGGAAAAAAAGCUAUAAGGAACAUGGACACCGAAUGUUGCUCAUCUGGUUACAUGGUAUAUUGCUGGCUCACCAGAAUCCAGUCAAACAUAUAUAUGAAGAUUUGGUGCAUGUAGGAUUUCAACAAGUAGCUGAGAAAAUCAGAGCUGAAAGGAGCACUGAGAUGGAUUCGAGGAAAUGUGCAGUUUCAUGAACUUUAACAGAAGCUGUCAUAGGCUGUAGACUAUGUUCCAGAUGGAAAGUCAUUUGUAAAUACUCUUUCCAGAAAAGAUCUUACAAUAGAACCUCAGAGUUACAAACACCUUGGGAAUGGAGGUUGUUUGUAACUCUGAAAUGUUUGCAAUUCUGAACAAAACAUUAUGGUUGGUCUUUCAAAAGUUAACAAUUAAACAUGGACUUAAUACAGCUUUGAAACUUUACUGUGCAGAAGAAAGAUACUGCUUUCCCUUUAUUUUUAGUAGCUUACACAUUUAACAGUACUGUACUUUUUUUUUUUUUUCCCUUCCUCCUCUGUUCCUGCCUGAUUGUCUACUUCCGGUUCCAAAUGAGGUGUGUGGUUGAGUGGUCAGUUCAUAACUGUGAGGUUCUACUGUAUUUGCAAAAUGUAGCUCACCACCUAUGAAGCUUUUCAAAGCUUCAUUUACAGGUUAUUAGUGCUACAACACAAACUUCUAUACCUGAGUUAUUAAUUUGGCUAGUUCCAUACUCUGCCUUUUUCUGACAUUUCACCUUUGAAAGAAAUUACACUGCCAUAAAAAAAAUCAGUUAAAAUUAACGUUCAUGUAAUUGUAGUGGUCAUUCUCAGUAAUUUGUGACUAUCCUGCCAAAUGAGAGAACAUGCUACAAUGUUUUUGUAUGUGUCUUACACUAAUACAAUAAUUCCAUAUUGGAACUGCACUUAAACCAGUUUGUGCUUGAUACUGUAUGUAGUUCCUGUCAGCUAGAAAGCAAAUCACUUGUAUUUCAUAAGUGAGGAUUAUGUGGAUAAGUAAUCAACACCUUCUCCAGAAAUAGGCCAGCAUCCAGCCUAAUUUGAGAUUUAGCUCAUUUUAAAGUAAAUUGCAAAGAGAGAACACUUUCCUGUUUUGACUGGCUUUGUCUUGUUUAAUGACAUGAUUUGGGUGGAUGUUUAUUCUUAAACUUUUUUUUGAUUAUACAGGAAAAAAAUACAAGAUACAAUGUCAAUAUAACAUGGGCAGGUGCCUCAGGUUAGGAAUAAACUUAACCAACUAAAGGACACGUAACAUUAUAUAGUGAUUACUCACUCUUGCUGUAAAUCGAAAACAGCUAGUGGAUGCAACUGUACUGUUCCUUUUUCUAAAAAACCAAGCUUUGUUACUUGGGAAUGAAUAUUUUACUGUAAUACUUGAUGGUAGCUUCUCUCUGUAAUGAGAGCACUGAACAUUUGUCGUGAGUGCCAUUUGGCUAUUUUAACAAACAACUUACAUUUGGUUCUGCAGAAGAUGCUUGACUUGUCCAUUUAAAGUAUCUG